AUGAGACAAAAAUCUCAAACCGUUCACGAGGGUGUAGAAAGAAAAUUGUAAGCUGUCGAUUAUGAUAAGUGUAAUUAUAAGUGUCUGUUGACUAAAAAGAAAUUUCUUGGAAGGGGACUGAGAUACCUUUAUUUGUUUAAGAAUUCCAUUUGUAUAGGAAAGGUAUCCAUCUAUCUUUAGAUAUUUAAGUCACCUUUUGUUUAGAUUCCAGAACGUCAAUUUCGAAUCAACUCAGAAUUAAGAAUUAAAUGGACUUAUACAAAAAAUAAAUUAAAAUCAGUAAUCUUUUAAGUAAGCAGCUAACAUUAUGAAUAUUAUGGAACAAACGAAUAGUUAAGGGAACUUAAGUAGAAAUGUGCAUUAAAUGUUUUUCAAGUGUAGAUUUAAGAUGAAUAUUAAGCUGAAUCUGUUUUAGGAAAAGGGUCUUAUGCAACAGUUCUAGAAUUAACCAAUUUAUGUACAAAUAAACAAUAUGCUGCUAAAUGUAUUGAUUAACAACGUAUAAAUGAAAAGAAGAAUGGUUAGAAAUAAUUGCAAUAAGAAAUAGAAACAAUGAGAAUACUUUCUGAGUAGAAACAUGAUAACAUUUUAUAAUUACACGAACUCUAUAUAGGAAAUUAAAAUUAUUAUUUAAUUAUGGAAAUGGCAAAAGGUGGUUCACUAUUGGCUCUUAUGAAAAAACGCUAAAUUCUUUUUAGUAGAAAGGACAUCAAGCUUAUAAUGAAAUAGCUACUUGAAGGUUUAGCUUUUAUUCAUAAUCAUAACAUAAUGCAUAGAGAUUUAAAACCAGAAAAUAUAUUAUUUAUGAACAAAGAUUUAGAUUCAUUAGUAAUUGCAGAUUUUGGUCUAGCAUAAUCAGUAGGUUCUCAUCCCUAUACAUAUCCAAAAUGUGGAACACCUGGUUUUGUAGCUCCUGAAAUACUUGAACAAGAUUCUGAUUUGGCGAGAUAUACUGUAUCUUGUGAUAUAUUUAGUGCUGGAGUUAUUUUAUAUGUUUUGUAAAUGAAUUACAUUAAUUUAAGAUUGGUAGGAGAACCCUUAUUUGAAAAAAAGGACAGAAAAGAGUAAUUAGAAUUGAAUAGAAAAUGCAGUAUUAACUUAAGUAGAUUUCCAUCUGAUUAAUUGGAUGAUCUUGAAAAAGAUUUUUUGAUGAAAAUGCUUUCAAAAAACCCAGAUUUUAGAUGGCCAGCAGAUAACCUAUUGAAACAUAAAUUUUUGUUUCUGAAGAUUCUGUAGAAAGUGAAGCAGAUUUUUAAAAAAUAAAUAAUAUUUCAAUGUAUGAUAAAUAUAAAAUAUUAGUCUUAAGAAACAAGUGAUGCCAACUUUUUCUAAAAACCCCUUUAUAAAAUUUCGUAAAAAUAUUAAUACAGUGAGAGAUGCAACUUAAACCCUUUUUCAAAGAUAAAGAAAUUGUACAUUAAUAAUGUAAACCAAUUUAAGAUUUGAUAAAUCUUCACAAGAAUAAUUAAAUACCGAAUAAGUAAAUGGAAUGGGAUCUUUUAAUCUAUACAAAGAUGAAAUCAAUUAAACUAACCCUUGA